AUGCCUAGACCUCGUGUAUUCUUUGACGUCAGCAUUGGUGGACAGCCUGCGGGACGAAUUGUCUUCGAGCUUUUCAGCGAUAUUGUUCCUAAGACCGCUGAGAACUUCCGCUGCCUGUGCACUGGAGAGAAGGGAAAGGGAACCAGAGGAGAAGAUCUGUGCUACAAGAACUGCAUCUUCCACCGCGUUAUUCCCAACUUCAUGAUCCAGGGAGGAGACAUCACUGAUUUCAACGGCUAUGGAGGCGAGUCCAUCUACGGAAACAAGUUCGCCGAUGAGAACUUCAAGGUGCGCCACGAUCGUGCUGGUCUGCUCUCCAUGGCGAACGCGGGUCCCAACACCAACGGUUCGCAGUUCUUCAUCACCACCGUCCCCACUCCUCAUCUGAACGGUCAUCAUGUGGUGUUCGGCCAAGUGGUGGAGGGAAUGGAAGUCGUGAAGGCUCUGGAGUCCAACGGCUCGCAGUCGGGCCGUCCUCGCACGGAGCUCAAGAUCACCAACUGCGGUCAGCUGUAAGCCUCGCUCUCCCUUUCUGUCUGUCAGUCUGUCUGUCUGUUAGGGAGUGUGUGAUUGAUUGAUUGAUUGCC